GCAUGCGCCCGCCUGUGGGCGCUGUCCGGGCUGCGAAGGCCGCGAGCGCACGGACAGACGGACGGACCGACGGACUGGCGGCCGGUCGGACACACUGGGCAGCGCGGGGAGCGGGGACGCGGCGGGACAGCGACAUGGUCGGCCACACGCAGCAGCCGAGCGGGCGCGGGAACCCCGGCCCUGCACCCUCGCCCUCCCCCGGCCCGGGCCCGGGCCCUGGCGCCUCGGAGCGGGUGGCGCUCAAGAAGGAGAUCGGGCUCGUGAGCGCCUGCACCAUCAUCAUCGGGAACAUCAUCGGUUCGGGCAUUUUCAUCUCCCCCAAGGGGGUCCUGGAGCACUCGGGCUCUGUGGGUCUGGCCCUCUUCGUCUGGAUCCUGGGUGGAGGCGUCACUGCCCUGGGUUCCCUCUGUUACGCGGAGCUGGGAGUUGCCAUCCCCAAGUCUGGCGGGGACUAUGCCUAUGUCACCGAGAUCUUCGGGGGCCUGGCUGGCUUCCUGCUGCUCUGGAGUGCGGUCCUCAUCAUCUCAGCCUCAGGGGGCCCACCCACCCACUCUCCUUUCCUCUCAGUGCUCCUGACAUGGGUGAACAGCUCCAGCGUGCGCUGGGCCACACGCAUCCAGGACAUCUUCACCGGUGGGAAGCUGCUGGCCCUGUCCCUCAUCAUUGGCGUGGGCUUCGUCCAGAUCUUCCAAGGACACUUUGAGGAGCUGACACCCAGCAAUGCCUUUGACUUCUGGAUGACACCCUCCGUGGGUCACCUGGCCCUGGCCUUCCUCCAGGGCUCCUUUGCCUUCAGUGGCUGGAACUUCCUCAACUACGUCACUGAGGAGCUGGUUGACCCUCGAAAGAACCUACCUCGUGCCAUUGUCAUCUCCAUCCCGCUGGUGACCUUUGUGUACACCUUCACCAAUGUUGCCUACUUCACCGCCAUGUCCCCCCAGGAGCUGCUGGCCUCGAACGCAGUGGCCGUGACCUUCGGGGAGAAGCUGCUGGGCUACUUUUCUUGGGUCAUGCCCGUCUCCGUGGCACUUUCUACUUUUGGAGGGAUCAAUGGCUACCUGUUCACCUCCUCCAGACUGUGCUUCUCUGGGGCCCGAGAGGGGCACCUGCCCAGCCUGCUGGCCAUGAUCCAUGUCAGACACUGCACACCCAUCCCUGCCCUCCUUGUCUGUUGCGGGGCCACAGCGGUCAUCAUGCUUGUGGGAGACACGUACACGCUCAUCAACUACGUGUCCUUCAUCAACUACCUCUGCUACGGUGUCACCAUCCUGGGCCUUCUCGUUUUGCGCUGGAGGCGGCCAGCGCUCCACAGGCCCAUCAAGGUGAACCUCCUGGUCCCCAUCGCAUACUUGGUUUUCUGGGCAUUCCUGCUGGUCUUCAGCUUCAUCUCGGAGCCCAUGGUGUGUGGAGUCGGCGUCAUCAUCAUCCUCACGGGGGUGCCUGUUUUCUUCCUGGGAGUGUUCUGGAGAAGCAAACCAAAGUGUGUGCACAGACUCACAGAAUCCAUGACACGCUGGGGCCAGGAGCUGUGCUUUGUGGUCUACCCCCAGGGAGCCCCUGAGGAAGAGGAAAAUGGCCCGUGCCAGCCCUCCCCACUGCCCACCAGGGACAAGCCCUUGAAAACGCAAUGAGACAUUUGCGGAGCCUGAAGCAGCUGUUUCUGUUUACAUGUUGUUUAUUGAGGAGGUGUUUUUGCAAAAUAAGUUGGGUUUUUUUUGUUUUUUUGUUUUGUCCUGAAAAAAAGAGAGAGAGAGAGAGAGAGGGAGAGAUCUGACUCCUUUGAGUCCUGUGCUGAGAGAGCCCUGGAGGUAUUGGCUGGGCUCCCUGUCAGUGCUGCCCUGCUCACUUUCCUGGAAAUGUCUAUGAAUAAAACAGGGUUGGUGGGCGGUG